AGAAUAUUUGUAUAAUUUUAGAAAAGUGUUAUAUAUGAAAUGUGGUAAACUUUAUACUUUUUUGCCAUGAUAUAGCCAGAGAAGUUGAUAUAGCAAUAACCUCAAAAUUCUCUCUUACCACAAAAUGUGUCAAAACUAACAACAAAAUCAUUUAUAAUUUUACAUGUUGCAGAUGCUAUUGCUUUAUUCAGCAAAUUUGUUUUCAACAUUUAUGAUGUUUUCUGCAAUUACAUACAUUACAAUGUUUCCUGUGCAUUAAAGUAGCAUUUUAAAUGUUACAAUAUUACUGCUGUUCCUUGAAGAAUUUUUACAAACCCGAAACAUUCGUUCACCUUUAUCUUAUAUUAUCUUUAGAUUGCUGGCCUUACAAGACACAGUGGGUCACCUCUUGCGUACAUGCGUAUUUUAUCCUCUCAGAUAUAUCUGUUUAUUCUCAUUAUAUACAAGAUGAUAAAUGUUCAUACAUUAUGAUUUUAAAAUGUAUGUGUAAAAUACCUUAACAGACCAAGAUGAUUAGAGGAUACCUAUUGGUAUCUUAAAGAACCUAUAGCUGUUUUACAAAUAAGAAAUGACUAUAAGUACUUACUAGAUAAGAAGGCCAGCCCAAUUACUGUGAAAAAGUUAUAUUCAUCGAAAAAGAAAAGGCUGUUUUACAGGUACCACAGCGCCUUCGGUCGUGAGAGUGGAGAACUGCAGCUCAACCUCAAACACUCGCGUCCGCGCACAGCAGUGACGUCAUCGCAGUGUCCAGGAGCCUUUGCGCGUUGAUGUUUAUCGUGUUUUCGCAGCUAAAAUGAAAUUAAGUAACUUCGAGAAGACGUUGGCGGAGAACGUACGGCGACACAGGAUCAUCUAUGACCCGAAUCUGCACGAUCAUGGUGACCUUGAGUUGACACAAAGUGCGUGGAACGAUAUCUCCGCCGCCACGGGGAAGAACGAAGCGGUGUGCCGUAAAGCGUGGAAAAAUCUAAGAGACAAGUUUGUGCGGAUCAAGAGGAAGAUCCACACGAACAGCAAGGAUCCAGGCUCAUACAGGAAGAUCGUGGCAGAGUUGGGGUGGUUGUGCCAAUAUGUUAAACAUCGAGAAAAAAGUCUGAAUGCGAAGGAUGGAUGUAAAGGAGUCACGUUUGAGGAGUUCAUGAAGACAGACAACUUACAGAUGUCCUCAGCAUCAGGAACAUCAGAGACUGGGACUUCAGACAACCCUUCACCUCUGUCCCUCAUGCCAUCAUCGCCAGUUCCAUCCACUCCUGUUCUCCCUACUCAAUCUACUCUUGUUCCUGCUACCUCGUCCACACCGCCUCCACCCUGUCCAUCGUCCAAAUGUUACCCCUCGCCUUGUUUAGUUUCAGCUUUCUCUGUCCCAAAUAUCUCACCCAGUCCCAAUGCCUCACCAUCUUCUUCAGAAUUGAUGCCUAAAAGGAAGUCCACCUCUGAAGCUUGCUUGUUGAAUAUGCUGGAGCAGAUGGAAUGGACACGGGAGAAGACCCCACAUCAGGACAGUGAGGAUUUCAGAUUCGCUUCUGUCGUCGUGGACAUGUUGGCCAAAAUUGACCCUCGGAUGAAAUCCGAGGUUAAGUUCAAGAUAUAUCAAAUGCUAUAUGAGGCUGAGCGAACCAACAAGUAACUGAAAGCAUUCACUGAAGACUGAACUACAGAAAGAUUAUUUUCUUGAAUAUGGCCAUUUUGCAAAUAGAGAUUGCACAGCAUUACAAUUGUGAAUAGUUUUAUUUAUACUUUAAAACUAUUGUAAAAGUAUCUGUUAGUCAUCUUUUAUUAAACAUGGAAAAAAACUGUUGAAACUGAACUGGAGUAUGAUUUUAUUUUUAAUAAAGUUUCAAAACU